AGAAUCUCCCUGGGGUGCCCUCCCCAGGCAGCAAUGCCAGGAUGCCCGUGUCCGCCUCCCCCCACACCGGCAGCCAGAGCCAGGAGCGGCCGGGGAGCCUGACCUCCACCAGCUCCUCGUCAGGCUCCUCUCGUGACAGCCGCGGUGCCAUGGAGGAGGCCGGGGCCCCUGAGCCUCCUGCCGAGAACGGCUCCCCGAGAGGCCGGCACGCCCCCAACAGCAACAACUCCAGCAGCUGGCUGAACAGGAAAGGGCCCCUGUCGCCAUUCAACCAUCGGGCGGCCGCGGGCUCCGCACACCACAAGCUCAGCUACCUGGGCCGGGUGGUGCGGGAGAUCGUGGAGACGGAGCGCAUGUACGUGCAGGAUCUGCGCAGCAUCGUGGAGGACUACCUGUUGAAGAUCAUCGACACACCCGGGCUGCUGAAGCCUGAGCAAGUCAGUGCCCUCUUUGGGAACAUAGAAAACAUCUAUGCACUGAACAGCCAGCUACUCAGAGACCUGGACAGCUGUGAUUGUGACCCUGUAGCUGUGGCCAGCUGCUUUGUGGAGAGGAGCCAAGAGUUUGAUAUCUACACCCAGUAUUGCAACAACUACCCCAACUCGGUGGCUGCACUGACGGAGUGCAUGCGGGACAAGCAGCAGGCCAAGUUCUUCCGGGACCGGCAGGAGCUGCUGCAGCACUCGCUGCCCCUGGGCUCCUACCUGCUGAAGCCUGUGCAGCGCAUCCUCAAGUACCACCUGCUGCUCCAGGAGAUCGCCAAGCAUUUCGAUGAAGAAGAGGAGGGCUUUGAGGUGGUGGAGGAUGCCAUCGACACCAUGACCUGCGUGGCCUGGUACAUCAAUGACAUGAAGAGGAGACACGAGCACGCAGUCCGGCUGCAGGAGAUUCAGUCACUGCUCAUCAACUGGAAAGGGCCAGACCUAACCACGUAUGGAGAACUCGUCCUGGAGGGCACAUUCCGCGUGCACCGUGUGCGCAAUGAGAGGACUUUCUUCCUCUUUGACAAGACGCUUCUCAUCACCAAGAAGCGAGGCGAUCACUUUGUCUACAAGGGUCACAUCCCGUGCUCCUCCCUAAUGCUGAUUGAAAGCACCAGAGACUCCCUGUGCUUCACCGUCACCCACUAUAAGCACAGCAAACAGCAGUACAGCAUCCAGGCCAAGACAGUGGAGGAGAAACGGAACUGGACACACCACAUCAAGAGACUCAUCCUGGAGAACCACCACGCCACCAUUCCCCAGAAGGCCAAGGAAGCCAUUUUGGAAAUGGAUUCCUAUUAUCCCAAUCGGUACCGCUACAGUCCAGAGCGGCUGAAGAAGGCUUGGUCCUCCCAGGAUGAGGUGUCCACCCACGUGCGCCAGGGGCGCCGGCAGUCUGAGCCGACCAGACACCUGUUCAGGCAACUGAAUGAAAAAGCCAGAGCAGCAGGAAUGAAGGGGAAAGGGCACAGGGAGUCUGACGACCCCAAGAGCUGCAGGAGGCCCAGCAGCCGCCCCCUGACCAGUGCUGAGAAGCGCAUGAGCUUCGAGUCCAUCUCCUCCCUGCCAGAGGUUGAGCCAGACCCUGACCCCGGGAGCGAGCAGGAGGUAUUUGCUGCCAUGGAAGGUCCCAGCUCUGAGGAGAUGCCUUCAGACACAGAGUCUCCAGGAAUCCUGGAGACACAGCUUGCUGCCCACCAGGGGCUGCUGGGAAGGGACCACCCGGGUGACAUGGUGGACUUUGUGGUGACUGAGACCACCGAGGACCUUAAGGUCCUGAGCAGUGAGGAGGAGGAGGAAGACGUGGGGGCCGCCCAGGAGCCUGAGAGCCUCCUGCCGCCCUCUGUGCUGGACCAGGCCAGCGUCAUUGCUGAGCGGUUUGCCAGCAGCUUCUCCCGGCGGAGCAGCCUGGCACUGGAAGACGGCAAGUCCAGUGGCUUCGGGACCCCACGGCUGGCCAGCCGGAGCAGCAGCAUGCUCAGCCUUGAGGGCAGCGAGCAGGGCCCCGCCUGGCAUGGCCACACCGGCGACUCCCUCGGAUGUCAGCUCCCCACAGAAGUGGACCUCGGGGUGGGGGCAGCCAUGAAGAGCAACCCGUCUGUCGAUGAGACCAAGCCCCUGGACCCAGGCUGCCCGGCAGAGCCCGACCAGUCUUCCUGCAAGAAGAAGGACUCGACGCUGUCUACCCGAGACCGGCUGCUACUGGACAAGAUUAAGAGCUACUACGAAAACGCAGAGCACCACGAUGCAGGCUUCAGUGUCCGGCGCCGGGAGAGCCUCUCCUACAUUCCCAAGGGACUGGUGAGAAACUCAGUCUCCAGGUUCAAUAGCCUCCCCGGGCCAGACCCAGAGCCUGUGCCCCUUGCGGGACACAAGAGACAGGUGAGCUCCCGGCCGGCAUCGUGGACCCCGUUGGACCUCCAAGGACCAAGCCAGGCGGGCACCGGGGACCCUUCUCCCAUCACAGACGCUGAGUUCCGCCCAUCUUUGGAAAUGGUGAAGAUCUGGGAGGGCCUGGAGUCCUCUGUGGGGAGCCCCCGGAAGGGCCCAGGCCAGGGCCGGGCCAACGGCUUCGAUCUGCACGAGCCGCUCUUCAUCCUGGAGGAGCACGAGCUGGGAGCCAUCACCGAGGAGUCGGCCGCUGCCUCGCCGGAAAGCGCCUCCCCCACCGAGCGGCCCAGCCCAGCCCACCUGGCCCGGGAGCUGAAAGAGCUGGUGAAGGAGCUGAGCGGAGGCGCCCAGGGGGAGCUGGUGGCCCCACUGCACCCCCGCAUCGUGCAGCUGUCCCAGGUGAUGGACAGCCACGUGAGCGAGCGCGUCAAGAACAAGGUCUACCAGCUGGCCCGCCAGUACAGCCUGCGGAUCAAGAGCAAGGCCGAGCCAGCCAGGCCACCCCUGCAGUGGGAAAGGGCGCCUCCCGAGAGGGAUGGGAAGAGCCCGGCGGGGCCCUGCCUGCAGGAGGAGGCGGGAGAGCCACUAGGUGGCAAAGGAAGGAGGAGGCCCAUGCUGUACCCCCUGGAUUUUGAGCAGCUGAUGGCCCAGGAGCACAGUCUCUGCAAGCCCUCCUCUGCCGGGGAGACGUUGCCUCGGCGUUUCUCCUUCAGCCCUCCCGCCACCAGCCCGAGGACCGUCUCUCCUGGGGGCCGGCCUGGAGCCCGGAGCCCCCUCAGCCCCUUCGACACCGAGACCUUCAACUGGCCCGAUGUGCGAGAGCUCCGCUCCAAGUAUGCCUCCCACGACGAGGCGCACCGGGUGAGGGGCAGCCGGCCCCGCGGCCCGCCCGUCAACAGGAGCAAGUCGGUGCCUGAGAACAUGGUGGGGCCUCCUGUGUUGGGCAGGGUGGGCCGCUGCUGCAGCCUGAGCACCCGGAGGGGCCGAGGGGGUGGGGAGACCACCCAGCCCCCUGGGCCUCCACCCCAAAGCCAAAGCCAGCCGGAUGGAGGCCAGGCCUUGUAUGUCACUGCAGACCUCACCCUGGAGGACGAGCGGCGAGUGAUUGUCAUGGAGAAGGGGCCCUUUCUUGGCCCCGCUGCAGGGCUGGGGGAGGAGGAGGGCAGCGGGCAGGGACUGAGCUUGGGCGUCCAGGAGUCUGCAGAGUGUCGACCGAAGGAAGAGGGUCCCAGGGACCCAGCUGACCCAGGCCAGCUGGGCAGGGUGAGAAACCUGAGAGAGAAAUUCCAGGCCUUGAACUCCAUCGGUUGA